AUGGCUGUGCAGACAGAUGGAGAUAAGAAUGACCAAGACGACGUGUUCGUGCAUGUGGCUUGCCAAAACUGCAUGCGAAGGCCAACAUCAAUGAUCAGCGAAUCGACGUCUACAGACAUAGUGGCAGUGAUGUCGAAAGGGCUAAGCGUAUCUGCAGAUAGCAAGGCAAGCUCAGCCUUUCGUAUCAAGAUCAUGGCCCCAUACGAUCCUUUCCACGACAUCACCAUAGGCUAUCCAAAGCUGGCAGCUCGAACAGAAGUACAGCCUGAGCUCGCCAUUUACCGUCGAUUCGGAGCGAUGAACGCCCAGAAUCUGCUAUACUACCAAGCCGAGCUUGUGGACUUGGAAGUAAAACUGCGGGCGCAACAAGUACGAGAUGACAAAGACCGAAAAGGACAGAAGACCAAGUAUGCGAAAACUUGGUUUCGACUCGAGGACUCUGAGGACGAUGACGCUCUGAUCCAACAAUCCAUCAUUCUCAAUCUUCCCAAACCAGCAAGGUGGGAUCUGCAUUGGCUCCAAAAAUACCUACAAUCCAAGGAGAUGGGGGAGCUUGCAUUGCUCGGAGAAGACGCAGAAGUGUGGGGCUCCAUGGAAGAACCACACGGGUACAAGCCUGACCUUGUGGCACUGAAGCCACGAGUCAAUGAAGACCCCUUCUCCGCCUGGGCAGCAAGGAAUACCAUAGUUGGCCUUGAAAGAUGCGGGUUGGACCGCUUUCUCAGACCAUCUCCCGUGCACGGAGUUGUGGGAUACGAGGAUACCACCAUCUAUUCCAUCACAUAUUGCAUGAACAGUAUUCUGGCAUCGUUGAUACCGAUAGCCUCAAUAGUUGUACUCUGUUUUCUGACCGAAGUCCUUGAAGACUUUGGCGCGUGA